CUGUAUUUGGGCAUAUUCAGGAUAUAAAGUGUGACUAAACUGAACAUAUACUUGGCAGAUUCUCAUCAUGAACCGUGCAUUUAGCAGGAAGAAAGACAAAACAUGGGUGCAUACGCCUGAAGCUUUAUUAAAACAUUACAUUCCCUAUAACACCAAGUUUCUUUGCAGUACAGAAGUGGAGCAGGCAAAGGGGACGGAAGUUGUGCGAGAUGCGGUGCGGAAGCUAAAGUUUGCAAGACACAUCAAGAAACCUGAAGGCCAGAAAAUUCCUAAAGUUGAAUUGCAAAUAUCAAUUUAUGGAGUAAAAAUCCUAGAACCUAAAACAAAGGAAGUCCAGCACAAUUGCCAGUUUCAUAGAAUAUCAUUUUGUGCAGAUGAUAAAACCGACAAGAGGAUAUUCAGUUUCAUAUGCAAAGAUUCCGAGUCAAACAAACAUUUGUACUAUGUAUUUAACAGUGAAAAGUGUGCUGAAGAGAUAACUUUAACCAUUGGCCAAGCAUUUGACCUGGCAUACAGGAAAUUUCUAGAAUCUGGAGAAAAAGAUGUUGAAACAAGAAAGCAGAUUGCAGGGCUACAAAAAAGAAUCCAAAACCUAGAAACAGAAAAUAUGGAACUUAAAAAUAAAGUAGAAGGUUUGGAAAACCAGUUAAGAAUUAUUCAAGUAUCAACAUCUCCAGCAGGCAAUGUGGCAUCCAAGUCACCCUCCAAGGACAUCUUUGAUAUGAUUCUAUUUUCUCCAGUUGCAGACCAGUCUUCAGUAGCUACUCGCAACGGCACACAGCCACCCCCAGUACCUAGUAGAUCUACAGAAAUGAAACGGGACCUGUUUGGAGCGGAACCUUUUGACCCAUUUAGCUGUGGAGCAGGGGAUUUCCCUCCAGAUAUUCAAUCAAAAUUAGAUGAAAUGCAGGAGGGGUUCAAAAUGAGACUAACUCUUGAAGGCACAGUAUUUUGUCUCGACCCAUUAGACAGCAGAUGCUGAUGCCAGGAAGGAGAGAUGCUGCCUUGUGUUCAAUUUGUUUAUAUCCAUGUAUAUCAUGCAUUAUUACUUUGAGACAGGUAUUAUGAAUGUGCCAAUAUAUUU